CAAGUGGGUAAUGGAACCAUGUGCAUUCAUAUGGUGGGUUUGGCCCACUUCAUCAACCCCACACAUGUACUAACCCUACUUUUUCACCUCAUACACAAAUCUACCUAUUAUAACACUACUUCAAUCUAUCUAUAACAUUAACAUUAACAUUAUUAUUGGUAUACCCUCUUCGGUUCUUGACCCAUCUCCCCUUUCCCUUCCUCCAUUUUCAACCCCUCAGCUGAUCUCUAUCUUCUUUCUCGCAUAUUGUGUCAGAAUUUGUACUUUAAUAAUUCUAUCUUUUUGUUCUUAGAGUGUCACAAGAAGAUCUCUCUCUCUCUCUCUCUCUCUCUCUCUCUCUAUAUAUAUAUAUAUAUAAACAUAAAGCAAAGAAAACCCUAGCUGGUAUAAAAGUGCUCAUCAUGAAGACACAUUCUUAUCGAUCCUCUUACAAGUAUAGAUUCGUUCAAGGAUUUAUCCGAGCCCUGAAGAGAAUAAACAGUCAAAAGCAGCGGCUGGUUUCAUCAUGGUCUUCUUGUUCUUCUCCUGCAGAGAUAUCCAAACGAUAUCUCAAAGUGAAGUCUGCAGCUGAUGCUUCCAUGGCUGCGGCUGUUGGGCCCAGGAGAGCUUGGAGUCGAGCCAUGCUUCGGAAGAUCAUAGCGAAGAAUCGAGGCAGCCCAGAUCAACUCAUCCGCCGCCGUAGUCGAUCGUGUAAGAAAAUAAGAAGAAGAAGAAGCAAUGUUAAAUCAAUAAUGAAGAAAAGGUACAAAAAUAAUGAGACAGAUAUUGAUAAUAAAGAGAGCUUUGAAGCCAUGGAGCUUCGGAAGAUCGUACCAGGUGGUGAAGCCAUGGAUUUGAGUAACUUGUUGGAGGAGACUGCUCACUAUGUAAAGUGUCUCGCCACUCAGGUAAAAAUGAUGGAAAAAAUCGUCCAUUUAUACUCUGCUGCUUAAUUAAUAUGUUUAUAUAUGUUGAUUAUUAUAAAUAAUAUUUAUUGUGUAAAGCAUAUAUAUAUAUAUUUUAUGGCUGUGUGAAGCAUUUAUUUUACACUUUAUAGUAUUGUAACUGGUUGUAAAUUGUAAUUUUAAUAUAUAUUAGUGAUUUGUUGAUACUAAUAA